AUGGAGUACAUACAUUUGAAUAACUCAAUUAUGAAGUAUACCUAAAAUUAAUUAAGAGCCCAACCAUAUUGCUCCUUCUAGGUUUAGCCCCAAAUUUCUAAGCCGGCGCCGAACCCUAAGCUGAAUCUGAUUAGAUCAUCUGAGUGGAAUAUGUGUUGUUAACGUAGGCGGAGAGAGCUCGAACGGAGAAUCGGAGGCUCUGCUUCGUCAAUGGAGAGAAUUAAGAGCUUUGUAACUGCAUUGUAGGAUUUUUGUCAGGUAUAGGUCCUCUUGAAGGUUGCAAGCUCAUUCAGAAUAAAAAGUCAUGAAGAAUGAGGCAAUUGAAUGGAGGCAUGCACAAGAGACAUCUUUUAGGUUGCAGAAAGAGAGUGAAACCAAGAGAAGAGAGUGAAAUGAACAUGGAAACAAAUAAAUGGUGGCUGGCCCUUUUUAUACCCUUAUUGUUUAGAGUAGUGAGUCAAGUGAUGGAUGUAAAUGAAGUUGGAGGUGGAGGUGCUGGUUAUGGUGGAGAUCCGAAUGAGCAGUUCCACCGAAACGAGGCAAUCUCAGCUGUUGCUGAUGAUGAUGGUUUUCUUGGCGAGGAGGAUGACGACUAUGAGGAUCUCUACAAUGACGUUAAUGUUGGUGAGAACUUCCAGCAGUCUCUUCGUAGGAAUGAGGACAACCCAACGCACAGGAACGAGGAAGUGCAAGACAAGAAGCCGAAGGUGGCCCAACCCACGCCACAGCUGCAGUUGCAGCCACAGCUUCAGCUGCAACCUCAAUCACACCUAGAGGGUGGAGGUAUUGGUUUGCCAGAUGAUGCAGCUUCAUCCAGGAUUCCUGGUGUAGUAGAGGGGUUUCACGAUGUAGGAUUUAGAGGGAAUGCCAGUGCAAGUGACGUGGGACUUGGUAGAGGUGCGGGAGGGCUAGUUCCUGGUGGUGGGGGUGGAUUUAGAGUUGAGUUAGGGCAGUCAUCGAAUAAAAUAGCUGAUUUGGAAGAGCGGGCCGUAAACAGCAAUGUCCCAAAUAACCAACAAAUGGUUCAUCAUCAGCAGCCACAUGCGGCUAACUUAGGGACUUAUGAUAAUGCUAGGAGCACGGGGAAUAUGAACGGGUCUGGUGGAAAUGUGUAUGGAGCUGAUGGUGUGAGUGGAGGGCCUGGCGGUGGAGGUGAUGGAGCAGUUGGAGGUGGAGGUGGGAUUGGCAGUGGGGGUGGAGGGACAAUCCUCUUUGUCGGUGACCUUCAUUGGUGGACAACAGAUGGUGAACUGGAAGCAGAACUUUGCAAGUAUGGACCAGUAAAAGAGGUGAAGUUCUUUGAUGAGAGAGCUAGUGGCAAGUCCAAAGGAUACUGUCAAGUCGAGUUUUUUGAUCCUGGAGCUGCCACCUCCUGCAAAGAAGGAAUGAAUGGCCAUGUUUUCAAUGGACGGCCCUGCGUUGUUGCUUAUGCCUCACCAUAUACUGUGAAAAGAAUGGGAGAGGCCCAGGUUAACAGAAAUCAACAACAAAUGGGUGGGACAGCACUUAACCAACCUAGGAGAGGUCCUGCGGAUUUACCUAGUAAACCUGGUGGAGUUGGUAACAAUAUACCUGCUGUUGGAAAUCAGCAUAGUGCUGGGGAUAAUAGUGGCAGGGGCUUUGGGAGAGGAAACUGGGGUAGAGGUAAUGCUCAGGUAGGGAUUAAUAACAGAGGCCCAGUUGGCCCAAUGAGGAAUAGGGCUGGUGGAAUGGCUGGUCGUGGCUUAGCUGGUAAUGGAUUUGGUCAGGUUGGUGGAGCCCCUCCAAUGAUGCACCCUCAGGCUAUGAUGGGCCAAGGUUUUGAUCCUGCUUUUGCAGGUCAUAUGGGGAGAAUGGGUGGUUAUGGUGGAUUUCCUGGAGCUCCUGCAGCUCCCUUUCCGGGCAUCAUGUCUUCAUUUGGGCCUGUUGGAAAUGUCGGUUUGCCCGGUGUAGCUCCACAUGUUAAUCCUGCGUUCUUUGGGAGGGGGAUGCCCUUGGGUGGCAUGGGGAUGGGUCCCACUCCUGGAGUUGAGGGGCCUAAUAUGGGAAUGUGGUCAGAUCCUAAUAUGGGAGGAUGGGCAGGUGAUGAACAUGGAGGGAGAGCAGGGGAAUCUAGUUAUGGGGAAGAAGCUACUUCGGACCAUCAGUAUGGGGAGGGGAGUCAAGAAAGGGGGCCGUGGACAAAUACCACGAAGGAUAAAGAUAGAGGGUCAGAAAGGGACUGGUCUGGCUCUUCUGAAAGAAGGUACAGAGAUGAUCGAGGAGCUGGGUAUGAAAGAGAAGCGCCUAGAGAGAAAGCUGUUCGUCAAGAUCUUGAUUGGUCAGAAAGGAGACAUCGUGAUGACAAAGAUGUCGGCAGAGACAGGCAAAAAGAGCGGGAAAAGGAUCGUGAGCGUUCCAUAGACCAUGAGCGUGGUGGCCGUGAGCGUGACAGAGAACGGCAUAGAGAUGAUAGAGACAGAUAUGCGGAUCACCAUAGGCACAAAAACCGCGAGGCAGAAUAUGAUGAUGAUUGGGACAGGGGAAGAUCAUCAAGAUCCCAUGGCAAGUCAAGGGUGUCUCAUGAGGAAGAGCAUAGAUCACGAUCAAGGGAUGCUGAUUAUGGGAAGAGGCGACGUCUGACCUCUGAGUAACUCUUAUGGAUUGCAGAGCAACUUGAAGAUAAUUCUUCUCUUCUUGCUGGAUGCUAUUGGGAGGCAUUGAUAUUCCGUUGGAGGUUGUUCGCUGAAGUCUGGAAUCCAGCAAAAGCAGAGGGUGCAUAAGAUUCUACUUAGUAGAGGAUGAGAAGUCAUGGUUAAACCUCGUAGUGUUCGUUAGGCAGAGAACCUUCUAUUUAGUUGUCAGACAUUUCAUUUAUGUUAAAACUCGAUUGUGUCUUUUUCAAAUCAAUGUUGUGGAUGAUGGGUUAAAAGGCAUAGUGGAUAUUUGAAAAUGAGAUGUUGUAUGCAUAUGAUGUAAUUAGAUUAAAAGACUUAGGAUGUUCCCUCUUUGCCCAUAUUUUUGUUUUGAAUUUUGUUCAUGUAAUUGUU